UUCAGAAUCACGCAGGUCUCAUUCUACCGCUGCUCUCUCCUGGAUCCCGGCUGAGGAUCUUUUGCUCGCGAGAGUUCCUCCGUCUAGCUGCACACAACGCUGCUGCAGGAAACCGAGGUAAGAGAUUUGCCGAGCCUUAGCUCCACCACACUCCCCUCCUCUUUGGCCCUCCCUUUGGCCCAGGUCUCCCGCGUUGCACGUGCAGUUGUUGUGGUUCUACGUCACGUGGUCCCGGAAGUGCACGACAGGCCCGCCUCAAAGAUGGCGGCGCCCAGCGCGCGAGGACGUGAUCCGCUUCUGCUCCGGCUUGGAUUGUAGCCUUGACGAGGUCUGAGCGACCAUGGACCGGCCGGGGUUCAUGGCAGCGCUGGUGGCUGGUGGGGUAGCAGGUGUUUCUGUUGACUUGAUAUUAUUUCCUCUGGACACCAUUAAAACCAGGCUGCAGAGUCCCCAAGGAUUUCAUAAGGCUGGUGGUUUUCAUGGAAUAUAUGCUGGUGUUCCUUCUGCUGCUAUUGGAUCCUUUCCUAAUGCUGCUGCAUUUUUUAUCACCUAUGAAUAUGUGAAGUGGUUUUUGCAUACUGAUUCAUCUUCAUAUUUGACACCUAUGAAACAUAUGUUGGCUGCCUCUGCUGGAGAAAUGGUUGCCUGCCUGAUUCGAGUUCCCUCUGAAGUGGUUAAGCAGAGGGCACAGGUAUCUGCUUCUACUAGAACAUUUCAGAUUUUCUCUAACAUCUUAUAUGAAGAGGGUGUCCAAGGGUUGUAUCGAGGCUAUAAAAGCACAGUUUUAAGAGAGAUUCCUUUUUCUUUGGUCCAGUUUCCCUUAUGGGAGUCCUUAAAAGCCCUCUGGUCCUGGAGGCAGGAUCAUGUGGUGGAUUCUUGGCAGUCAGCAGUCUGUGGAGCUUUUGCAGGUGGAUUUGCCGCUGCAGUCACCACCCCUCUAGAUGUGGCAAAGACGAGAAUUAUGCUGGCAAAGGCUGGCUCCGGCACUGCUAAUGGGAAUGUGCUCUCUGCCCUGCAUGGGGUCUGGCGGUCACAGGGGCUGGCAGGAUUAUUUGCAGGUGUCUUCCCUCGAAUGGCAGCCAUCAGUCUGGGAGGUUUCAUCUUUCUGGGGGCUUAUGACCGAACGCACAGCUUGCUGUUGGAAGUUGGCAGAAAGAGUCCUUGAAGCAGAGACAGUGAGGCUGUCAAGAGAGGGGCCUGCAGUGUAAACCCUCUUCCGCUGAGCAGCUGUCUGAACUAUAGGCCCCAGUGCUGAAGACCAGUUCUGCUAAGAUGCCGGCAUCGAGAUUGUGCCAUCUGUGGUAUAGGCUGGCUGGUAUGAAGUCACUGGCCUGUAUGCCAGAGAGCUAAGAGAAGAAAACGGGGUCUGUGGCGGUACUCAGAACCUCUUAAUAAAUAAGUUUGGUAAUGCUGAG